UGAACAGCCAACAAAAAUGGCGACUUAUGACGAUCUCAAGGUUUUCCUCAAUAUUGGAAACUCAUUCAAGAAACUGUUCAAAACCCAGGGCAGUUACAAGGGUCCUGGAAAUUAAACGAUCUCAGUCUACUAUGUGUACCUUACCGCAGCCUUGGGAAUGGUUCGAGAUCCAACCGUAUGUAUCGGACACACAUGCAAGCAGAACAAUGUCAAUGGUAAGAGCAGGAAAUGCUCAACUAGGAAAUAGAUAUAAGAAUCGGUACGGCUACCAGUAUGAACACUGCCCCCACUGCAUCCUUAAUGGGAUAACGAAAAAGUUGAAAGAAUCACACGUGUUCCUUUCAUGCCCAAGUGUGGAAAUGGAACGACGGAAGAUGCGGGUCACAAACUAUAUCAUCAAACUGAAAUCCCAAGGGAAAACAACAAACCAGGAAAUAUUAAGGUCUUACCUAGGAGGAGAUGGGGCAAAUCCAGAAAUACUCUUACAUAGGGGGAAAUGUAUGAGCAAGAUUAUUGAGACUUGGCUAUGUAGAAAUCAUGAGUAACAUGCAGGAGUAAGGCAUGAAAUAGCAUUGUUUAUGGAAUGGUAUGCAGGGAAUGUGAGAAAUUUAGGUUAAUGGUUAAGGGAUAUUGAGCAGUAAUAAAAACAAAAUGGAUUUUAACGAGCAUAAAGGCUUCAACAUUAAAAGACACAUAUGGGAGGUUUUAAGACCAAGUGGAUGGAUCACAAUCAGUAAAUGCUUUAUCUGUGAAUAAUACGUAUGUAACAGGAAAAUUUAAUGAGUUAAAAUGGCUGGCACAGAAUUAGAUCACCAUCAAUCUAAGGAGUUCCAGAGGUUUGUUAGAGGGGAUGUUAAAGUUCCCUAUAGAGCAGUUCAUCCCGAGGCCACAGAUUCAGAGUGGAGACGGAAAGGAAUGUCUGAGGAGAAGAAUAUCCGUGUUGUUCAACUCCUGAACCCGGAUAUACGUCCUGAACAUGUGACGAACCAAACUGUUCAACUCCUGAACCCGGAUAUAUAUGUGACAAACCAAACCAAACAGGAUAUAAGAUCUAAGCAUGUGACAAAACAAACCGAACACAUGGAUCAGGAAGUUUUUAAUCAGGAGAAUCCAACUCCUGGAAUACUGGAUCAAUCCUCCUGGAUCCUGGAUAGGUCGAUGAUGUGGCAAGCAUACAGAUUUGUCGAAGGAGAAGGUCCGGAGGGUAUAUCCCAGCAGGAAUUAGGUCGGAGGCUGGGACAUGGUAAACUGGAGGCCAGGACAAUAUGCAGGAACCUACUCAGACGGAGGCUAGUUAUCACUGUACUAAACGAUCAAGGUCGACAGCGUGUAACUAAUUUUGUUGCGAAGAAGUUUGAACAUCUCAGUCCUUCAUCAAAUCAGUUUCUGCUAGAGAAGAAGAAGAAUGAGGCUCUACUCUCGUCCUCAGCUCCUAACCUAGUCCUCGAGGACGAGUAUGAGGACGAUGAGAGGGUUUCUGAGAUUUCUGUUCUAAACAAGCGAAAGCGGGAAGCUGAGGAAGAAGAUGAAAGGACGAUUAAGAAGAAACCUGCACUAGACCUGGGGGAAGAUGAAGAUGACAUUGCAGAAGAAGAAGAUGAAACUGUUCUUGUUGAAGAUGAAGAACAAGACCAUGAGGACGGGGAGGAUAUGUUGAAGGUGGAGGAGGAGGUUGAGGAGAUAAAGGUAGACGAGGAGGAGAAGGUGGAUUCAUGGAUCAAUUGCUCGGAGAGUAACAGCUGUGAUAGCAGUAUAUCCAUGUCUAUACGUUCAGAUUUCAAACUAGACGAUAAAUGUAAAUCCCCAGUAAAGGGUAGGAAGGAGAAGAAAGGAGAGAGCCAAGCAACAUUUAGGCAGCUCAGGAGAACUAAUACUAUUAUAGAGGCAGUUCGUUUUCAUAAGGUGAUAGAUGAUCCUACAAAGCUGUACAAGAUGAUCCAGGAGAAUGAGGCUAGGGAAGGAUAUGGGGCAAGGAUGGAUAAAAAAAGUUUGAUGCGUAUUCUCACAAAGCUUGGGAAUGAUAAUCAUAUUAAAAAUAUUACUGUAGAGCUCAAACUUCAGGAUAAAAUCAAGAACCUGCAUUUUGUGUGUGAACCAGGGAUAGAUAAAUCUAACACGGUGAUACAAUCAGCAAUAGAACAGGCUAAGAUGAAGUUCAAUUCAUUCAGAAGUUCUCCAGAACCUGAACUCAGGUUUACUGAUGAGGAUGGAAGAGUAUGGAGAGAUGAAACAUCUCCUCCUUCUACCCCUGUUCCUGGUUCCCCCAGCAAACUCCGAGCUAGUAGAAGAUACGGAUUACAACCUAAGUUUGUCAGGAUGCGUGAACUCCAUAUCCUUCUGUUUUACCUCCGGAGAAACUACACAGGGAUACUGGACCUGGACCCGGAGAUCGUAUUCAACGACCUCGUGGAGAAGGGUUUAGUCCGAGAUACAGAGAAGAAGGAGUUUAAGAACUUUAAGGUUUACAGUAAAGAGGUUAGUUGGAAGAUGUUCAUUCCUCCGUUACCUUUGCAUUCAGGUUGGGAUGAAGGUUGGGUUCUGAUAACUGAUGUUCUCCUUCGUCUUCCUCUCUCUGUCUUUGUGAAACUUGUUCAUGUAACUCUAGAGAUACCUGGUCUUCAGGACUUCUUGGAACAUCCAGUCAAACAGCACCUUCUCAUUAGGUCCCUACCACACUAUAUCAGAGAGCAACUGUUGCAUCAAAGAAAAUAUAUCUUUACCGUGCACGAAGUUUCAACCAGGUUGGCGUAUAUUGGGGCAGUACAGUUUGGACCCCAGAAACUGAAGGAGAAGGAUCAAGUGUUUAUUUACAUCAAUCAAAAUACUAGUCUCACAGAUACUACUUCAAGUAUACCAGGUUACCAUCAGAUCUGCAAGGAGGGUGUGUAUCCUAGAAAGGAUUAUAAACUAAAAUGUCUGGUAGAUGUAGAACACUACUGGUAUGAUAUGUGGGAAAUAUGUUUGAAUACACCCCUAGGAGAAUCCAGUACGCUCUCAGGACAGGAGAUAACCCUUGAGGUGAUGGAUCGUAAACCUGAGAUGAUUGCUGCUCUGUCUCCUCGUCUUGCUACUGAAGCUCCAGUUCAGGAUCUUGGUCAUAUUCCUGGAGAUGGUCUAGGGGCUGCAGGGCUAGACUCUUCUAUAUUUGCUCACCUGAAGAGAAAUUGGUCUUGGAAUGCAGGAUUGAAAAGAGGAGAGAAGGUGGAGAAAUUAACUAAACCUCCAUUUUGUAUCUUACUUCUUCAAGAUGAAAGAACCAAUUCCCUUGAUUUGGGAGAAGCUACAGAGGGUUCCUCAAUAAGAGUUACUACGGCUGGUAACCGAGCUGGUGACAAGAAAAGGAAAAAGUCUGGUGAAGCGGAGAUCCCUGCACCUAAGAAAGUUAUCGUUAAGGAGGGUACAGGGAGAACUAUCAAAUAUGUGCGUGUAGUUGGAAAACGGAAAACUAAUGUAGAGCGUAAGCCCUACUAUGAUGAGAAGGAUAAGGCUGCACUGCGGCUGAUGAGAAAGCUACGGGUUGAUUGGUCUCCACGAGAAGAUAGUUUUCUACUGCUCUGUAAGGUUGCUGGUACAUAUCUAUGCAGUAACACAAGAACUCAGAUGGUGCAGUACACCAGCGUGCGUGAUCUUCUUCACACUUACUUCCCUGAGUCCAGUAAUAAAACCAGCCGGGCCUGCCAGCGCAGAUUGAACUACAUGAUGAAGAACGGUACAACGGCGGAUAAUGUAGCUUUAUUCCUGGCAGACGUACAACAGGAUGAGGAGCUAGUCAGUAAAUUUCCACGAGCUGCUCAGGGUUCAGAGACCAGGCUUGUAACUGAGACUAGAUUAGAGAAAGAGUUUAGUGAACUAGUUGAUCUUCUUAUUGCUAAACACAGGGAUAAUCCAAACGGAGAAACAGAACUAAACCUUCCUGACUCUAUGGAAGAUAUUCUGAAACAGUAUAGAAUCACAUAUCCAAGUGACUCAUCCUUAAACAAACUCGGGUUCACUGAGCCCAAGGAGGUUAGUGAUAUUCACGAGUCCGUCUUGAAUACGUUGGUCACCUCCAGCCUGUGCACGGCCUCAGACAGGAGGUCAUGGACGUUCCAGUUGUUCAAGAUCUACCAACAGUACCCGGAUUCUUUACUCCGCAAGGUGAUGGCAAACCUGAGAGAGAAUAAGAUGGUUUCCCUGAAGAAACAGUACAAUAAGAACAAGGUGAAGCAAGGGAACUACCUCCCUCUCUCCUCUAGCCCGUAUCAGCUCUCCGUCACUUUCUCCCACACAUUUCUCAACCGCUAUCAGUACGAUAUCUACUCCCAGUCCUGGCAGAUGCUGAAGGUGUUCCUGCGGAACCCUGAUCAGUACACAGAUAUCCAUGUAGGGCAGGAGGGAGGUUUUACAGCUGCCGUAGUCUCGCUACUAGCCAGAGAACAGCUGCUGUUCCGAACUGAAGUUCCAGAACAGCUGGUUGUUCUGGAUCCAGGAUUGUCUGCAGUAGAUGAGAACUAUGUGAGGAUACUACAGAGAUACAAGGAGCUGCUACGGAAUGCCGGUGGAAUAGAUCCAAGUGAUGUCGACUAUGCCAAGUCUCCAACUAAGCUGACCAGCACAUCUCUCUUCACUAAACGAGGUGCAGAGAGGAAUAGUAAGGAUGAAGAGGACGUUGAGCAGAAGAAUAAAGGAGAGGAUAAUGAUAAAGAUGAUGAUGAUGAUGAUAAUGUGGUAAGGACUGAAGAUGCUUGUGCAGAGGAGAAACCUGGAGCAGAUCUUCAGAAUCAAAUUGUUUUCCAAGAAGGAUCUGACACAAGAAGUAACACCGCCCUGGCCAAGUCAGCUAGUCGGAUAGCGCUGUACAUGAUGAGAGAGGAAAUGCGGGAAAGUCCUCUAGACUCCGGGGACCCAAUUCAACACUCACAUGACUUCUUUGUGAUCUCCUCCUGCUCAAUAGCAGGGAAACUGUUGUGUCAGGGACAGGUAGAGGAGCAGAGGCUGGUCAAAUACUCCGGCAUAGAGAUACCGGUCAACCGGUUACCUGGAGAUGUGAACGCGUAUGAACGAGUUCUGAAAAGGUUUGGAUUGAAUCUUCACGGGAAUUCGGUUCACACCGGUUCUUUGGCUGACAAGGCUGCAUACGUUCCCUUAGAGAACAACAUCGAGGACUUCCACAAGGACCUCUUGGAGAUUCAUGAUGUUGAUUUAGAUGACCUUGAAGCAUUCAUGAACUUAAUUGAUGAGAAGAAGGAGUUGGGAAUAACAAUACAGGAGUUAAGAGAGUCUCAUCUCCUGGAUAAAGAUAAGAUUAAGAAACUGCUCCAGUUCACUUUGGAGAAAUGUUUAGUUCUCGAUGUUGGGAUUGUUAAGACUAGAUUUGUUUCGCAUAAAUUUUGUAAAUCCUGGUUGAUUCACAGCUACAAGCUCAACAGGGUUCGAGACCUGGAGAAGAUGCAGAAGGUUCAGUUUGCAGGAAAACUUUACCAGGGUCACGGGCCCAAGGAGAAAGAAGAAGAGAAGGAACCUGAACCUGAACCUGAAGGGACCGAUGGUCGACGCACUUCCCGUCGUAUAUCUCGGAAGAAUAGUCUUGAUGCUGCGGUGGGAGGAGAGGAUAUCAGUGUCGACCACAGAGCCAGGAAUCCCCAGUAUGCUGCCCGUUUAUCCCGUGAGGUGUCUGAUGCUGUACAAAAGAUAAACUGGGAUGAGAUGGAAGAGGUUCUGGUUAGAAUACGUCCUUGGAUCCGGGUAGAUGGAACACUCAACCGGAGAGUGUUGGAUAGGUUGCUCGGUGCUGUGCUGGGCGGUGUAAUGCAACAACCUGGAUCUCUUCUAUCCAACCUUACUUCAAGAUUCUCACCAGCUCUACAACCAACCCAUUCAAGGGAGCUUCUCUUCAUUCUACAAGAGAUACAAGCUGUAUCAAUACUUAAACUAGUCAAGCAGAGUACUAUAGGACUUUGGAGUAAACCGGGAAAAGUAAGUUUAAAGCCUGCCGAUAUAUUGGACCUUGAUACUGAGUUGAUCGUAGAACCCAGUGUGGACAGUAUUCUUAAACUAGGACAGUUCAUUGGAGACAAACUAUACUCACAAGACUUUGUCUGCCAGUGCCCCUGUCAUCCAGAGAGAAGAAUGUAAAUAUUCUACCAGUCCCCCUGUCAUCCAGAGAGAAGAAUGUAAAUAUUCUACCAGUGCCCCUGUCAUCCAGAGAGAAGAAUGUAAAUAUUCUACCAGUCCCCCUGUCAUCCAGAGAGUAGAAUGUAAAUAUUCUACCAGUCCCCCUGUCAUCCAGAGAGAAGAAUGUAAAUAUUCUACCAGUCCCCCUGUCAUCCAGAGAGAAGAAUGUAAAUAUUCUACCAGUCCCCCUGUCAUCCAGAGAGAAGAAUGUAAAUAUUCUACCAGUUACAAAUAAUUUUGUUAUCCAAAUCAUCCUGAUCUGUUGAACCCAAAUAUAGAAUUUUAAGAUGAAAGAUAAAAAUAAAUAUUUUUUAGUUUUUA